GGAAAAUUUAAGCCAGACGCGAAAUAAACAAACAAACCUUCAAGAAACCUUGUCGUUGGUCGUAAAUCGUUGUUCCCCCUCUCCCAAUCCGCCAUGGCUGCUGUAUUCUCUGCAACAUUAUCACGACCCCACGUCGUACCAUUUCUCUCCUCAUUCCCGCCAAUUCCCCAAACGACGACUCGUCGUCGUCUUCCAUUGUCGCGUCAGCCCAUUAUCAGAGCUGUAAACUCAGCUGCAACCCCGACCAAGGCAGAGGAUCAGCCUUCUUCUUCUCCUCCUCCUACCAAUACUCUCAAGCCGAAGAAGAAGCCUGUUUACUCAAUGAAGAAAGGGCAGAUUGUGAGAGUGGAUAAAGAGAAGUACCUCAAUAGCAUAAAUUACUUGUCAGUAGGCCAUCCGCCAUACUACAAGGGCUUGGACUACAUCUAUGAAGAUCGCGGCGAGGUGCUAGAUUUAAGGAUCUUUGAGACAGGAGAGUAUGCACUUGUUGCGUGGGUUGGAGUCCCAACUGCACCAGCUUGGCUGCCAACUGACAUGCUCAUCCAGGUAAUAUCGUCUUUCGUUAAAAAUCUGAGAAACUCGAUUAUGAAAGACUGUAAUUAGAAAAAUGUUUCUCUUGCCAUAAAGCCUUGGCACAAUUGCAUCCAGAGCUGCAGGAGAAGUUAUUCUGAAAGACUUUGUACAAUGUAUAGCUUUGACUUGUAAAAGGAAAUUCACCAAUGUAAUGUAUCAGAUCUUUCUUCCUCAUUAUUUUGCUCAGCUUGCUAUGUUGGAGCUGCUCGGCAUGGUUCUGUCUGCACCUGAAUUGUCAUAGGGCCAAAUUGAAAACGAAGGAAACAUUCUCGAUCAUUGUGAUUAAACAUAUCCAGUACAAGGCCGUCCUAAGAACCCUAUCAACAUUCCAGAGUCCGGCGAAAUCACCGGGCAUCUGACAAUUUUUUCUCUUAUACACCAAACUUGCAGCUUAUCAGUACAUAUGUUACAACAAUGGUGGCCGCCCUCUCAUUUACAACACAAACGAAAAGAU